AUGGGAAGUGUGCGAGCCAACCGCUACAGCAUAGUGUCUACCGAGGAGCACGGCAUGAAGUUGGCCACUGUGGCAGUGCCCAACGGGUACGGCAAGGGCAAGGUGCACACGAGGCACCAGCCCCAGAGCCGCUUUGUCAAGAAGGACGGUCACUGCAACGUGCAGUUCAUCAAUGUCUCUGAGAAGGGCCAGCGUUAUCUCGCCGACAUCUUUACGACCUGUGUGGACAUCCGCUGGCGGUGGAUGUUCGUCAUCUUCUGCCUAGCGUUCCUCCUGUCGUGGCUGUUCUUCGGCUGUGUCUUCUGGCUGGUCGCCAUCUUCCACGGGGACCUGGAGAACGACGCCCAGAAGUGCGUCUCCAACGUUAGUAGUUUUACCGCAGCCUUCCUCUUCUCCAUCGAGACCCAGACCACCAUCGGCUAUGGCUACCGCUAUGUAACCGACGAGUGUCCUGUGGCGGUCUUCAUGGUGGUCUUCCAGAGCAUUGUGGGCUGUAUCAUUGACGCCUUCAUCAUCGGCGCCGUCAUGGCCAAGAUGGCCAAGCCCAAGAAGAGGAACGAGACGCUGGUGUUCAGCCACAACGCUACAGUGGCCAUGAGGGACAACAAGCUGUGUCUAAUGUGGCGCGUGGGGAACCUGAGGAAAAGCCACCUUGUGGAGGCCCACGUUCGGGCACAGCUCCUCAAGUCGCGCACCACUGCAGAGGGGGAGUUCAUCCCUCUGGACCAAGUGGACAUCGACGUGGGCUUCGACAGCGGAGUCGACCGUAUCUUCCUGGUGUCCCCCAUCACCAUCGUCCACGAGAUCAGCGAGGACAGCCCAUUCUAUGACAUGAGCAAGCAACAGCUGGAGACGUCCGAGUUUGAGAUCGUGGUGAUCCUGGAGGGGAUGGUGGAGGCCACGGCCAUGACCACCCAGUGCCGCAGCUCCUACCUGGCCAGCGAGAUCCUCUGGGGCCACCGCUUUGACCCAGUGCUCUUCGAGGAGAAGAGCUACUACAAGGUGGACUAUUCUCGCUUUCAUAAGACUUACGAGGUGCCCAGCACUCCGCUGUGCAGUGCCAGAGACCUGGCAGAGAAAAAAUACAUCCUGUCCAGCUCCAACUCCUUCUGUUACGAGAACGAGGUGGCGCUGACUAACAAAGAGGAGACGGACGAGGGGAACGGGGGUAGCGUGGGCCCAGACGUAACUCACACAGACAAUAUCUCAGACUCUGCGCAUCACCAGGCCACUGUGCCACUAGAGCCCAGGCCCCUGAGGCGAGAAUCUGAAAUAUAACUGUGCAGAGACUUCAAACCACCUCACAGAGAAGACGUUUCUGAUUCUAGAAUCACGUCUUGUUGUUCUAAAAGGCACAUUGAGCUGAGCUGGGCCUUGUGUAAAGGACAGAUUCAUGCCGACGGUACUGCUGUGGGAAGGGGGUAGC